CGGAGUUUGAAUACAGAUCUGGAACUUCUGGAGAAACAGAAUGCAGACCCACAGCCCGUCAGCCCGUCUGACUUAAAAGUGUGAACGUCAUGUCCCGUCCACCCGAGCUUGAGGAGGAGCAGGUCGAGCUUGAGGAGGAAGAGGUCAUUAGUGGUAUUGGUGAAGGUGACGAGGUUAUGGAGGAAGUUGAAGAAGGCUACACAUCAUCUACUCCUACAUCUACCCUUACGUGGAUUAGCUGGUUUUGCUCCCUGCCAGGACACGAGUACUUCUGUGAAGUCUCGGAAGAUUUUAUCGAGGAUGAUUUCAACCUCACCGGCUUGAAUGCCAUGGUGCCAUUUUGGAAGGAGGCAAUGGAGAUGGUGUUGGACGUGGAGCCUGACGAAGAUUCGUCAAAAAUACCCGACGUGUCAAUCGUCGAAGCAUCAGCCGAACUAUUGUAUGGUUUAGUACAUCAGCGUUAUAUACUGACGCGUGCUGGAUUGCAAGCAAUGGUUGAUAAGUAUGAAAAUGCCCUCUUCGGCGUCUGCCCGCGUGUAUAUUGCAUGGGUUGCAAUGUUGUUCCUUCCGGUCGCUCUGAUCUGCCGGGCCUCGACACUGUCAAACUUUUCUGUCCUAAUUGCAAUGAUAUCUAUGCACCACCGAGCAGUCGUUUCCAAGGGGUCGAUGGGGCCUUCUUUGGAACGACAUUUGCGCACCUAUUUUUCCAGAGUUAUCGUGAACUCGCCCCAGCGCCGUUUUACAAACCUUCGUCAUCGCCGGGGUCAUCUAUGUCUCCCGGGCGCUCGCCUCACAGUGGCUCGGGUAGUAGUUCCUCGCGACCUUCACCCUUUUUCAAUCCAAAUCCGCAUGGGGGGCAGAAACGCCCUGCAGGCCACCUUUACCAACCGCGGAUAUAUGGCUUUAAAGUCAGUGAACGAGCCAAAACUGGACCCCGGAUGCAAUGGUUGCGGCUGAGGCCGGAGAGCCCAGAUGAAUUGGAUAUGGUAGACUGGAGAGGUCGGUGGAUAGAUGAUGACGAGUAUGACGAGGAGGAGGACAUUGAUGAGGAUGAUCGGCUGAUGGAGGAUUUUGAUCUGCUUUGCCUCUUACAGGAAACUGUGGAAGAUGACGAAGAAGAGGAGGAGGAGGAAGAAGAGGAGGAGGAAGAGGAAGGAGGCUCACGGAGGCACCUAAUCCGAGGUGAGCAAUACGCCGAUUCGCCCCGGCCACCUACACCUAUCCACCUCCCAUCUUCCGCGCGGACAUCGCCGACAUCCAUUGCAGUGCCUCAUAUAGAAGACAACGUUGUUACCUCGGGGCGCGCCACAGGAAGGGUGAAAGUCGUGCGGCAAUACUAA